AUGACCAUAGUCUAUGAUGUGGACGGUGGACGGGACCUUGACAUUUUUGAUAUCAAUGAAGAGGCAGGGUUGAACCUUGCAGAAGGGGACAUAGUUCUUGAUGAGAAGCAACCCCGAAAUUCUAUAAUAGGGGAAGAGUACAGGUGGCCAAAGACAAUCCCAUACUACAUGCAAGAUGACUUGGAGAGGCCAGUGAGUGUAUUUAUUCUGUACUUUUACUACAGAAAAGUAUUGGCAAGAAGACACUGGGAGUUUAUCUGAUCUUCACAAAAGCCUCAUUUUCUUUCCAUAAGCUGUUUCUCCUCUGUUGGCAACCGGCAUGUUGGGAAGCAGAGACUGUCUAUAGGAACAAACUGUGACCACAUUGCCACCAUUGAACAUGAGUUCCUUCAUGCGCUGGGUUUCUGGCACGAGCAGUCCAGGGCAGACCGUGAUGAUUAUGUCGAAAUCAUGUGGGACCGCAUUACAGAGGGUAAAGGACACAAUUUUAACACCUAUGAUGACACCACCUCCAGCUCUUUGGGCGUCCCCUACGACUACAGCUCCAUGAUGCACUACAGUAAAACUGCUUUUAAGAACGGCAUGGAGCCCACCAUCGUCACCAAGAUCCCUGCUUUCAGUGACAUCAUUGGCCAGCGUAUGGAGUUCAGCGACAGUGACCUGCUCAAGCUGAACCGCCUCUAUAACUGCACUCAAGGUUCCACCUUUCUGGACUCGUGCGACUUUGAACGUGAAAAUAUCUGUGGUAUGAUACAGGGACAAGGGGAUCAGGCCGAUUGGGACAGGGUUACAACAGCUACUGGAGGGCCUGACACUGAUUACUCCAACAUGGGCAAAUGCACUGGCUCUGGGUAUUUUAUGCACUUCAGCACUGGCAGAGCCAAUACUGGGGACAAAGCUCUGCUGGAAAGUAGAUUGCUUUACCCCAAAAGAGGCUACCAAUGUCUGCAGUUCUUCUAUUACAACAGUGCUGGGCCCAGUGACACACUGAAGGUCUAUGUCAGAGAGUAUGACAAAGCUAACCCCAAUGGAAGUCUGCGCCUUAUAAAGACCAUAGAAGGGUCCCCUCAGGAGCUUUGGCAACUGCACCACGUCAGUCUAGAUGCUAAAAUGAAAUUCCGCGUAGUCUUUGAAGGGACCAAAGUGGAAGCUGGGCCCCCAUCAGGUGGACAGUCUUUGGAUGACAUCAACGUUUCAGAGACCACCUGCCCAGAAUUUAUUUGGAGAGUUAAAAACUUCAGUCAUGUUAUGGAAAACACCCCAAUAAACACACCUAUAUUUAGCCCCCUAUUCACCUCUAAAGAGGGUUAUACCUUCCAAAUGAUGCUUUACCCCAGCGGUAGAGAGGGCUACCAGGGGCAGUUGUCAGCCUAUGCUCAUCUGGUGGCCCGUGAAGGGGACACAGGACAGAUAUGGCCAUGUCCUUGGAAACAGAUAACCAUGAUGCUAAUGGACCAGCAUCCACAUAUUCAAAAGCGCAUGUCCAACCAGCGCAGCAUCACCACUGACCCCAACAUGAAGGCAGCAGGCUCUGAUGAAUUUUUCUGGGAUGAUCCUCGUAAGGUCGGCGUUGAGGUCACAGAUACAGACGGAUCAAAGUAUUUCCGAGGGCCAGGCUAUGGAACUGCAGCGUAUCUCACCCAUCUCAGAGCUAAAAGCAGAGAUUUUAUCAAGGGAGGAGAUGCCAUCUUCCUCCUCACCAUGGAGGAUGUGUCCCAUUUAACUGUGAGCCAGCCCCUGCCUCCUACAACUUCACAGCCUGUCACCAUCAUACCUUCUGAAGUUUGCUACAAUGUGCAAUGCCAGAAUGGCGGUGUCUGUGUCGUGGAUGAAGGCAAACCUGCUUGCAGUUGA